UUAGUCCGGUUUCAGCUCAAACUCAAGAAUCGCUCCUGCGCCAGGCCCCUGGGACAAGUCCUCAUCUGGUCGCACGAGCACCAGGCUCAUCAACUUGACCGCUACAUCAACAUUGCUUUAUCCUUCCUCACUCUUUAUCCCUUCCAUUACUGACGGCAUCCUAUACCGUCAGUGAACCUCGCGAUGCCUCUCAAACUCAUUCGACGUGGUGGGAGUAUCCUCCGCAAUUUCCCUGGCACUGGCUCUCUUGCUCGCCCUGUUCGUGUCUUCUCACCGCAACAUCGCGUUCGAUGCAUCACCUUUGUCGCGCGUCGUUCCCCAAUCUCGGUCACGCGCGGCCUGCCCUGUUCUAGCUCGACAGUGACCACUUUAGCCCGAAGCUAUGCAACACACGAUGGCCCUUCGGAGGAAGCUAGUAGCAAGUCUACUAAGUCGACAAAGACUACAAAGACCAAGAAGACCAAGAAGAAAGCAGGAAAGAAGCCAGCUGUGCGAAAGACCAGAAAGGUUCUGACUGAGGAGCAAAAAGAAGCUCGGGCGCAACGAAGGAAGGCCGAGGAGCUGAAAGAGACCAAGCGGAAACUUAAGGCAGCCGCUUUGCAAACGCCGAAGUUACUGCCUACCUUGCCCUGGGUCAAUGCUAUGAAGGAUAAGUUGUCGGAAGUAGACAAAUCUGACAACCCCUCUCCCAAGGAAGCGUUUUCUAGAGCAACGGAGCUUGCCCGAAGAGCUACACCCGAAGAGAGACAGCGCUAUGUCGACCAAGCGGCGGCCAACAAAGCCGCUAACGAAGCUGCUUUGAAAGCAUGGGUGGAUUCUCACACUCCUCUGCAGAUCCUGGAAGCCAACAAUGCUCGACGUCGGCUGGCGCAGCUUCAGGGCAAACGCAGGGUCUCAAUUAUCCAUGAUGACCGAUUGGUCAAACCACCAACAUCGGCCUGGAUUUACUUUUUCAUGGAGAAACGCGACAAGAAUGCACUUGUAGUCUCGGACAUGGCUCAAGAUGUUGCUGUUCAGUGGAAAAACUUGCCGGCAUCAGAAAAGGCUCCAUACCUAGAAAAAGCCAAUGCUGACCGGGCGCGAUAUGAGCGCGAAUACCUUGAGGUUUAUGGUCAGCCUGUCCCAAAGCUGAAAGGGAACAAGAAAUCGAGCAAGGAUGAAUGAAGGGUGCGCGUUGUUGAUCAACCUAUCAUAUCUCUACAAGGCCUUCUGGACGAUCCAAGCUGAUGAAUUGUGUAUCAAAACUCUCUGAUGUUAUGGGAAUUAAGGGUUUCAUGCAGGCUUAGGGAUUGAUUGUCUUUAUUUCGUUCUGUGCUUGUGUCUCUUGGCUCUUCCCCGGCCUUCGGUUAUUCACUAGGCGUUAUUAAUGUACUUUACUCCGGCCUUGAAUGUACCUCAGU